AUGGGUUCCGGGCCUGGCCAACAACCAUCGAUUUCCCCCUCUGGGUGCAACUCGAGCCCUCCGCAGUCAUACUUGAUUAUUGGUGCUGGCUGCUUUGGAGCCACAACGGCACUGCAGCUUGCUCGCUCUGAUCCUUCGUCAGCUUCUAAUAUCACCCUGCUGGACCGUACUCCCUCCCCUUGCCCGUCAGCAGCUGCCCAUGACCUGAACAAGAUCAUUCGCGCAGAAUAUACGGACCCGUUCUAUAUGCGCCUCGCAUUAGAAGCCAUGGACUUGUGGAAAUCCGAUCCUAUAUUUAGCCCUUAUUUUCACCAGGUGGGCAUGCUAUUGCCCACAACGCUGGAGCAUGCUAGUAAGAUUGCGGAGAAUUAUACCAGCAUUACUUCUCAGCCCGCUCCCAUCGAGUUAAUCGAACCAGCUACCGCCAAGGAACGGUUCGGUGGCAUUUUCCGAAAUGCAUAUCUGGACAAGGUGGAAACUUGUCUGUUCAGCCCAGAGGCAGGAUGGGGUGAUGCAGAGAACGCAUUUCAAAAUGUCAUCAAGUCCGCUAUUGCGCUGGGUGUGAAAUAUGUCCCCCACGCUGUUGAUAAGCUAUUGUUUGACGAGACUGGGCACAGCUGUCUUGGUGCACGAACAAUUACAGGGCUCGAUUUACGUGCACAGCAUGUCAUUCUCUGCACCGGAGCGAAUACUGCCUGGUUGAUAGCCAAUAGCGCUCCGGAUAAACCGACGUUACAAGUCGGAGACAGGAUGGUGGCUGCUGCUGCAAUCAUGGGUGCUUACCGUGUUCCUACGGAACAGAUGGGAAAGUUUGAUUUUGCGCCGAUUGUGGUGAACCCUGUUGGGGUUACCCCUGGAGAAAGCAUACCCCCCGGAAAAACUAGGUUGCUGAAAUGCACCCAUGAACUAAGUUUCACCAAUAUGCUUUACCAUAACGAUUCACAUCGGCGCAUUUCUGCUCCGCCAGAGGAUCCGACCUCCAGCACCUGGACUUUGGAUGUCCCAGCCCAGCUGAAAAACGAGGUCAAGUACGUCAAGGAUAUGCUUUAUGGCGAGCAUAUUGGUGGCCUUGUUCCUGAAUUCUACCGCAUGUGUUGGGAUGCUGUAACUCCAAAUCAAGAUUUUAUUAUAUGCGCCCAUCCUCAUUCUCAGAAUCUUUAUAUUGCGAGUGGAGGAUCAUUCCAUGCAUGGAAAUUUAUGCCUAGUAUUGGGGGCUACGUGGAGAAGAUGAUCAAAGGGAAGCUGGACCCAGGUAUGGUUAAACGGUGGGCCUGGGAUCGGGCAAAUAGUGGAGGUGCAUGUGCUGUGUAUUUGCCUUCAAGAGACCUUGAAGGAGUAGUUUAG